UGGAAAUGUUAAUACGGUGGGCCCAGCGGCGUAAACAUUACUCAAUUUCCUCCGCCGCCACCACCGCCUCCGCCGCUGCACCACCGCCGGGCCGAUCUCUCUUCCACAUCCGCACGCCAAUACUCCAUCAAAUCCACACCUACUUUCCGAUCAAACUCAUCAUCCACAGCAACGAGAGCUUGUUUGAUUAGCGGAAACACACACAAAAUAAGCUACAUUUUCCUCGAUCGCCAUGGAUUCCCCCAAUGAAAGAGGCGCUCCUCCCCAAAUGUCAGGCGAGAGAGAUCUCGAGAAAGGAUUCAGAGCGGAGCACUUCUGGCCGUCGCCGUCGCCGCGAGCGCCGGCGCUGGUGGUCUCCAACUCCAGCAAAGCCCUAAUCGUGUCGAAUUCAGGCAAACGGUUCGAUCAAUCGGGGAAGAAGAAGUACGUGAGGCAGGUGACUGGCCGCCACAACGAUACGGAGCUCCAUUUGGCUGCGCAGAAGGGUGAUGUGACGGCGGUGAUUGGGAUUUUGGGAGAAAUCGACGAGCAGAUGCUUAGAGCAUCCGCAGCGGCAUCUUCGAAUGAUGGUUGCGUGCUAAGACCUCUGAUUUUUGGUGACAAAAUGUCUUACAAUGAAGCUCCUGUUCAAGUUGCGUAUGCCCCGUGA